GCUCGAUUAUACGCGAACAGCUUCAUUUUCUCAACAUGAAGCUUACCAUUUGUUUUCUUUUGGUUUGUGCUGCAGCACUUGGAUGGGCCACCGACCAAAGCCCUGAAAGUGAGGGCGACAUCUUAAAACCAUCGACCGUGGGAGGAAUAUCGGAAAUCGGUCUGGAGAUUUUGUUGACCAGAUUGAAUACCAUCGAUCACAAGCUGAUGAUUCUGGAAGAACUGAAAUCCGAACUACAGCAACACCGUGAGCAGAUGGAAAGCAGUAAAGCAUCGCUUGAGAAAACAACAACUGCGGCUACUACUACCACUACUACUACUACUCCAGAAUCAACAACAAUUACAAGGCAAUCAAAAAUUACUACAACUGCAAAGCUACCUACAACAGCACUCAUAACGACUUUCAAAUCGUGCAAGGAUGCCCCAGCCAACGUCUCCGGAGUGUAUUCUAUCACAAUAAACAACGAGAGGGCGCCGUUCAACGUUUAUUGUGAGAUGGAAGAAUUUGAAGGCGGUUGGAUUGUGGUGCAGCAUCGUUUCAACGGAUCGGUUGAUUUCUAUCGUAACUGGACCGAAUACCGCGACGGCUUUGGUGAGUUGAACGGUGAAUUUUGGCUCGGACUGGAGCAGAUUCAUCAACUCACCGCAGCCCGUAAACACGAAUUAGUUAUCGAAAUGAAGGACUUUGAGGGCAACUACGGGUAUGCCCGUUACUUUGAGUUUGAAAUAGGCAGUGAGAGAAAGAAGUACGAUCUGACAGUGGAUUCGUAUUGGGGCACAGCUGGAGACGCAAUGACGUUGUACAAUAAUAGGGAAAAGUUCUCUACCAAGGAUCGUGAUAGUGAUGGGAAUCGCAUUCGUCAUUUCGCUGUUGAAUACGAAGGCGCUUGGUGGUACGGUUAUGGUGGUGGCUUGUCGAAUUUGAACGGCCGGUACCAGAAUGUUACUGAUAGAAACUCAAUGACGUGGCAUUUUUUCAAAGACGACUUUCGUGGAAUGAGCUUCACCAGAAUGAUGAUCCGUGAAUUGUAAGCACGAUUCAGGUCACUCACUCUUCGAGUUUCAUUGUAACCGGACAAA